CGGGAAAAAAGGAACAACUUGCACACGAAGUACGCAGUUAAAGGAAAAUAGGCAUAUUCCCUUGCAAAUUGUUGUUGUUCUCUUAUUUAUUUAUAAUUAAUAAUGUUCCCGAAGAGACCAUUACGACUUGUUCUACAGUUGAAAUUUAUCUGUACCAUAACAACCACCCCCUCCCUCAUUCAAUUCGGCGAAGCAAAUCAUGCCUAUCCAAUUUCGUUGGUUUUUGCUUUCUAAUUUCUGUUAAGGACCAAAAAAAACCUAGAAAUCAUGGUGGCUGUGAUGAUUUGAAUAAAGAUCUAAGAUGUCUGAGAAGAAGAAGAUGAGAAGUGAAGCGAGCAGCAGCAACAGUAAUAGGAAUAGCAAUAGCAGCGGUGGUGGAAACAGCAGGGGCGAAACUGUGGUUGCUGAUGUUGGUCGCCGUAGGAACUCAUGUGGCUACUGUAAAUCUGGUGGCCCUACUAGUAUCUCUCACGGUGUAUGGGCACGCAGUCUGACAGUUGAUGACUAUCAAGCUCUUCUAGACAGAGGAUGGAGAAGAUCUGGCUGUUUCUUGUACAAGCCUGAGAUGGAGAAGACAUGCUGUCCAUCUUACACUAUCCGUCUCAGAGCAGGUGAAUUUGUUCCUUCCAAAGAACAACGUCGGGUACUGAAAAGGAUGCAGAGGUUUCUGGAUGGCACAUUGGGUCGAAGAUCAGAUGACUUGAUGGAUACCACAGAUACUUCAGGCGUUUCACAAACCACUACCUUCAGUCAAAGUCGAAGCCCUGCAACAAUGAAGUCCUUGAGAGAUAACCUUGAAGAAAAGAACAAAACUGAACCGUUGAUCCCCUAUAUGGAAAGUCAGAUAGAUAAAGCAGUACAAACAUGCAUUGAAAGUGGGGAUGUCUGCUCUGACGUUCAGUUUCCAAAAGCCUCUGUCAAAAAGGUUGCACCUGUGAAAAGAAAGUUAUCCACUGAAGGGUCUGAGGAUCUGUUAUUUACCAGCAGCAUCUCGUUCCAAAUUGCAGCUGCUAUAAGGCGAUGCAGAAAAGAUGUUGAGCAUGGAAAAACAUCAAAAUUGGGGGCUUGGGAGAGCGAACUGGCUGCUGAUUCCCCAAAAUUGAUUGCUGAAAAACUAGCUAGCUGUCUAAAUAAUCUAGCAGAAUCAUCAGGCUUUUUAGUUAGAGCUUGCAACGGACAUAUAAACUUCUAUUCUUCUGAAAGACAAGUUGAUGAAGACAGUGUAGUGAGCAGCCAGAAUGAGUCAAAGCAAUCCACACCAGGAAGCUGCAGUAAAGAGAGCUUCUCAUCAACAGCACAAGGAAACCCUGAGCUCAAAAGAAGGAGGUUUGAGGUUCGUCUUAAAAGGUCCAGUUUUGAUCCGGAAGAAUAUUCCUUGUAUAGAAGGUACCAGAUUAGGGUGCACAAUGAUUCGCCAGACGAAGUUGCUGAGAGCUCAUAUAGGAGAUUUUUGGUUGAUACACCUCUAGUAUUCGUUCCACCCUCUGGGGACCUUACUGUUCCCCCCUGUGGCUUUGGUUCUUUCCAUCAGCAGUAUCUGAUUGAUGGACGGCUAGUUGCAGUUGGUGUAGUAGACAUCCUUCCCAAGUGUUUGUCAAGUAAAUAUUUAUUCUGGGAUCCAGAUCUAGCCUUCUUAUCUUUAGGUAAGUACUCAGCCCUACAAGAAAUAGGGUGGAUUAAGGAGAAUCAAGUACAUUGUCCAAGUCUCCAGUACUAUUAUCUGGGCUACUACAUUCACUCCUGCAACAAAAUGAGAUACAAAGCAGCAUACCGGCCUUCUGAGCUGCUCUGCCCUUUGCGUUAUCAGUGGGUUCCAUUUGAUGUUGCCAAGCCACUGCUAGACAGAAAACGGUAUGUGGUUUUAUCUGAUAUUGCCGCAGAAAAUGGAGAGCAUUUAUCGCCUAGUAUCCUUGAAAAUUAUGAGGAGCAAAAUGAUGAAAAACAGUUUCAUGGAUCAAAUGAUAUUUUUGUUGGUGAGGAUGAGGAAAUGGAUGACUCUGAUUUUGAAGAUUCAGAUGACGAAUUGGACCUUGGGAGCAGUGACGUUCAAUUGCCCAAAGUAGAAAGUGGAGACGUUGGCAAUGUUUUGAUUGGGUUGAAGGAAGUUCGUCUGAGAUACGAAGAUUUGCGGGAAGCUUUUGGUUCCAGCGAAAGGCGGUUUAUGGAGACACAACUGCACAGAUACAUGAGGGCUGUUGGUACAGAGCUCUCUGAACGAAUGGUUUAUUCAUUGGGCUAACACAAUAAUCUAUUAAUUCAGUGCAUAAAGUUCUUGCCCUCAUUGUAAUUUUAUGGUGUCCUUGUCAAGCUGUUGGUAGAGCUGAGGAGCCUGGGAAAACCUCCUGAAGUUUGUGCAUCAACAGUGCAUUUCUUGGUGUGAAAAACUAAUUUAGUUAUUCAACGGGAGUUGCAUCCUGAAGCAAUCGUAAUUCAGGGGCUUGUUAUUGGUACUGUACUGCUCUGCUAGUCGACAUGGAAUAAACAAGAAUCAGGUUGGGGUGGAGCUACUCAAUAUGGUCCCUGAUUGGAAAUCUUCAAGCAUCAAGUGGCUUGCUUUAUCCUUCUCCCAUUAUGAAAGCAGCACAUAUUACAUUGCAAAUAAUCUUAGAAGUCGUUUAGAAUGACUUUGAGGGGCAUAUGCUACUAAGAAUAUUUGUUGCAGUCUGAUUGCCAGGUUGUUUUGGAUCGUGUUUAAUUUACAACGGUUCAUUAAAUUUACUGCUUGACGAAGUCCCCCUCGUUUUUGGAUAUUAACCAAUUGGAGGAAGACAAUGAUCUUCUCUAAUACUAUCAGCUUUGAAAUCCA